GUUUUAAUCAGAUGACGUGUUGGUUUUGGGGUGGGUGGGCUGGAUCGCUGACCCGGACGUGCUCCUGCACAGUGCGAGUCCCGGCAGAGUUCACAGCAGCGCUGGGGAGUGUGUGAGGUGCAGCACUGGUGUGUGUGUGAUUUCACAGAGAGAGGUGCUCUGGGUCUGUGUGACCUCGUGUGCCAGCCAGCCAGCCCUCGUUGCAGUUGGACCAGCAUGCCGCUUGCUCCCCGUCGCCAUGGCAGCCCGCUCUCGCACCCGGACCCUGCAGGUGGUGGACACGGAGUUCAGUGCGGACGCUGUGGAGUGGUGCCCUGUGCCUGGCUGGCACUCCCUCCUCGCCUGCGGCACCUACCAGCUGCAGAGACCCGCUGACAAGGCUGGGGGGGAGUCUGAGCCCCCCCUCCGAGUGGGCCGGCUCUACCUGUACCGAUUCAGCACAGAGGAGGGGUGCUCUGCCCCCCUGAUGGAGCUGCAGAGGGCCGACGCCCCUGCCAUCCUGGAUAUGAAGUGGUGCCACGUGCCGGUGUCAGAGCGCCCUCUCCUGGGCAUCGCGAACGCCAGGGGAGCGCUGGAGCUGCAGCAGCUGACGGGCAGCGAGAAAUCUGGCUGUGCUCUGGAGGCGGUCUCCAGCCUGGAUCUGGGUCCUGAUAGGCUGGCUCUGUCUCUGGACUGGUCCACGGGGCGGGGGGAAAGCUCUGCCUCCUCAGUGAAGGUUGUCUGCAGUGACUCGAAGGGCUGUGUCAGCCUGCUGUCUCUCUGUGGCUCAGCUGCCUCGCUCCACCUGCUCUCCCAGUGGAAGGGACACGAGUUCGAGGCCUGGAUCGCAGCCUUUGACUACUGGAACAGUGACGUGCUGUACUCAGGGGGUGAUGACUGUCGUCUGAAGGGCUGGGAUGUGAGGACGGGCUCCUCGUGCCCAAUCUUCACCAGCAGGAGGCACUCGAUGGGCGUCUGCAGCAUCCAGAGUAACCCUCACAGAGAGCACGUCCUGGCUACUGGGAGCUAUGAUGAGCACGUGCUCCUGUGGGACUCUCGGCACAUGAAGCAGCCGCUGGCCGACACACACGUGCGGGGCGGGGUGUGGAGGCUCAAGUGGCACCCUUCCCAUGAGCCUCUGCUGCUGGCGGCCUGCAUGCACAACGACUUCCACAUCCUGGACUGCAGGGCGGUGCUGGACGGCAGCUCUGAAGAGAGCGAAAUCAUCUCCUCGUACAUCCUUCACAACUCCCUGGCGUACGGUGCUGAUUGGUCGAGGCUGAGCCUGGCUGGCCCCGCCCCUGCGGAGGGGGAAGGGGAGGGGCUGGCUGGCCCCGCCCCUGCGGAAGAGGAAGGGGAGGGGCUGGCUGACCCCACCCCUGCGGAGGGGGAAGGUGAGGGGCUGGCUGGCCCCGCCCCUGUGGAGGGGGAGGGUGAGGGGCUGGCUGGCCCCGCCCCUGCGGAGGGGGAAGGGGAGGGGCUGGCUGGCCCCGCCCCUGCGGAGGGGGAGGGUUACCUGCAGAUUCAUUACGAGUCCCCGACGGCCAGCUUCGACACGGCUCUGGAAGACGUGCAGGGGCGCUACCGCCCCGAGCCCCUCACCCCAGCCCCGCGCUCCCAGAGCAGCAGCCCCCCCACGGAGAGCAGCCUGCUGGCCACGUGCUCCUUCUACGACCACGUGCUGCAUGUGUGGAGGUGGGACUGCAGCCCCGCCUGACCAGCACUGGGGCUGAUGAAGAUACACAUUCCCAGGUCAGGUUUACUGACAGGGGUUACAGAAAGUGCAGCUGGGAGUGAAAUAUUUCACCUGAACUGAGCCCUGGCUGCAGUUUCAAAGAGAUUUUCCAGUCAUUUUGUAUGAACUCAUGUGAUUGAAACAAUAAUAAGACUAAUCAAAGUUGUGUGGUGCUGUGUGACCGCCACGUUCAAAUUGUCAUAAUAAAAAGGAUCUUAAUAAA